UUUAGCGUGAACUUCUCACCCGAUUCAUGUAGCAGUCAGCCGGUGUGCAUUACCUCAGUCAAAAGACAGCCGAGAGCAAUGAAUUUGCUUUAAACCAGGGUUUCAUGAAUAAAAAGUUUUGACUGCGCAUUUGGGCGACUGUUAUACUUGAGGACAAAACGACGCUCCGUUCUUGUGUUCACAGUAUCGUUGGCUGUUGUAAUCGUAAUCUCCAGUGAAGAUGUCAGUGGUGGGAUUUGAUGUGGGCUUUCAGAGCUGUUAUGUUGCUGUCGCUCGGGCCGGUGGGAUAGAAACGGCAGCGAACGAAUACAGCGACCGAUGUACACCGUCAUUUGUAUCUUUUGGACCUCGUAAUCGUUCAAUAGGAGCAGCUGCCAAAAGCCAGGUGGUGACAAACUGCAAGAACACCGUGCAGGGGUUCAAGCGAUUCCAUGGCAGGGCGUUCAGCGAUCCGUACAUCCAGUCAGCAAAGUCCAGUCUGGUCUAUGAUCUGGCACAAAUGCCCUCGGGGACCACAGGCAUCAAGGUCAUGUAUAUGGAGGAGGAGAAGGUGUUCAGCAUAGAGCAGGUCACUGCUAUGCUCCUGACCAAGCUUAAGGAAACCGCUGAGUCUGCUCUUAAAAAACCUGUGGCAGACUGUGUCAUUUCUGUUCCAAGUUUUUAUACUGAUGCUGAGAGAAGAUCAGUCAUGGAUGCUGCACAGAUCGCAGGCCUUAACUGUCUGCGACUCAUGAAUGACACUACAGCAGUUGCACUGGCAUAUGGGAUUUACAAGCAGGACCUGCCAGCUCCUGAAGAGAAGCCCAGGAUUGUAGUGUUUGUGGAUGUUGGCCAUGCUAGUUACCAGGUCUCCGUGUGUGCCUUUAACAAGGGGAAGUUAAAAGUUCUUGGUUCUGCAUUUGACCCUGAGCUGGGCGGUAAAGACUUCGAUGAGGUGUUGGUCAAAUACUUCUGUGAGGAUUUCGCCCAGAAGUACAAACUGGACGUGCGCACGAAGCCUCGCGCUCUGGUGCGACUCUACCAGGAGAGCGAGAAGCUGAAGAAGCUCAUGAGUGCCAACUCCUCUGACUUGCCACUCAACAUUGAAUGCUUCAUGAAUGACAUCGACGUCUCCAGCAAGCUCAACAGAGCUACAUUUGAGGAGCUUUGCGCAGGGCUACUAGCCAAGGUGGAGGGUCCUCUUCGCAGUGUCAUGGAACAGACUAAGCUGAAGAAAGAGGAUAUCUAUGCAGUGGAGAUUAUAGGUGGUGCCUCCAGGAUUCCAGCUAUUAAAGAGAGAAUCAGCCGAUUCUUUGGAAAGGAGCUGAGUACAACUCUCAAUGCAGAUGAAGCAGUGGCCAGAGGAUGUGCACUGCAGUGUGCCAUUCUGUCACCCGCCUUUAAAGUGCGAGAGUUCUCCAUCACAGAUGUGGUCCCGUAUCCUGUCUCUCUAAAAUGGACUUCAGCGGCGGAUGAAGGCGUUAGCGAUUGUGAAGUAUUCCCAAAGAACCAUGCGGCACCGUUUUCAAAAGUACUGACUUUCUACCGGAGGGAGCCCUUUACCCUGGAAGCCUACUACAGCAAUCCAAAAGAGUUGCCGUAUCCUGAUCCGACCAUAGGUAUGCCAGUUUAACAUCAGAAGGUUGUUCCUCAGGCGUCAGGUGAGAGCGCUAAGGUGAAAGUGAAAGUUCGUGUAAAUGUACACGGGCUCUUCAGCGUUUCCAGCGCUUCUCUGGUGGAGGUCAUCAAACCCACAGAGGGAGAAGAACCUAUGGAGACAGACACACCAGUUAAGGAGGACGAGAGCAAGAUGCAAACGGAUCAAGAAUCGCAGAAGAAUCUAAGUGAUGAUCAGAAAGAAAAUGCUGACAAGAAAUCAGACACUGAGGAGAUGGAGACCUCGCCAGAAGAAAACAAACAGGAGAAGAAGAACGAUCAGCCUCCACAAGCCAAGAAACCCAAAGUCAAGACGAAGACGGUGGACCUGCCCAUUGAAAACAGCUUGCACUGGCAGCUGACCAGUAAUGAGCUCAACGUGUUUGUGGAGAAUGAGGGAAAGAUGAUAAUGCAGGACAAGCUGGAGAAAGAAAGGAAUGAUGCCAAGAACUUUGUGGAGGAAUACGUUUAUGAGAUGAGAGAUAAACUGCAUGGAGUGCUGGAGAACUUUGUUAGUGAGGCUGAUCGAGAUUCUUUCUCCUUAAAACUGGAGGACACUGAAAACUGGUUAUAUGAAGAAGGAGAGGACCAACAAAAACAAGUGUACAUCGAUAAAUUGGCAGAACUGAAGAAACUUGGAGAUCCAAUUCGAAACAGAUUUAUUGAGGCUGACGAGCGACCGAAAGCUUUCGAUGAGCUUGGAAGACAAAUCCAGCAAUACAGGAAGAUUGUAGAGGCUUACAAGGCCAAGGAUGAGCUGUAUGAUCAUUUAGAUGAGCUGGAGGUCAUGAAGGUGGAGAAACAGGUGAACGAUGUCAUGACCUGGAUGAACAACAAAAUGAACCUGCAGAGCAAACAGACUCUUAGCCAGGAUCCUGUGGUUAAAGUCCAGGAGAUUCAGGCCAAAACUAAGGAGCUGUACUCUGCUUGCAAUCCUAUUGUAACCAAACCCAAGCCCAAGGUGGAGCCUCCCAAAGAAGAAAAGACAGCUGAACAGAACGGCCCUGUUAAUGGACAGGAGGGCACAGAGGCCCAGCCGGCCAGUCCAGAGAAAGGACAGGCCGCCCCAGAAAACACAGAGGCCAAGCUUCCUGAAAUGGACAUUGACUAAAUCACUUUGGCUUCCCUCCCUCUCUCAACCCCAGGCUCCAGCCUCACUUGCGCCUCUUAUAAACAAACUCAAAAGCUUUCAAAACACAACAAGCGUCUCAACCUGAUUGAUUUUGGUGAUGCUUGUCUUGCUCACUCCAGCAGUAUAUUCUCUUGCUGUUGGUGGCAUGUUUUCUGCUUUGUUUCACAUAAACUUGUUACAGGUACAGGAUGAGAACCUGGUCUAUGUUGCUUUUUGAAGACAUCUAAAGUUCCUGUUCUUUGAAAGAACACUUGAGGAAUUGUGAAGCGGGAUGGACUUGAGAGCUGCACGCUAAACACUGUUAAAAUGAUGUUAUGUUUAUUUCUGUUAUGCUGUUUGGAGAUUUUAUUGGCUUUGAAGAUUUGUUGUUACUCAAAUAACAUCAUAUGUUGUUGUUUUGAAUCUUUAAGUCCAAUAUAGUUUCUAGUCACCAGGUUUUGUGAGAAAGCACUGAAAUAAAGGAAGAGAAACCUUAAACAAUAACUGAGAAGAGUUGUAGACGCAGUAGCAUAACGUGCAGUAUAUGUUGAAGUCGAGUUACUGUUAUGCAGUAUUUCAUUGUAAAAGAUGAAUUAUUUUGUGGCUGUAGGUUUGUGUGUGUGGUCGCUUUUGGGUAAACCCUGGGGUUUCUGUUUUUUUUUUACUCUGCAACCAGUGUGAAUGGUGGAGACUUAUUUUGUGUUCACUUCAGUCACAAAUUGUUGUAAAUGAUAAUUAUAAUAAAUCAAUCAAUUUCAUAAA